UUUUAAAAAUUGAGUUUUGUUUAUUGACGAUAAUUUAAUGAAACUAAGUUUUACUAUACUCGUUCAGGUCGUUCUUGUACUUUUUUGUUAUACUAUAUUAUUUACCUUGUGAUUCAUAUAUUUGUUACGUUUACAUUUUUGUACACGUUAAGAACGUUUACAUUACAGCAGUAAUUUCUUUUUUAUACUGUGGCGAUGUCAAUUGUUAACAAUGUCUGCAAAGAAAAUAUUGACUAAAUGUAAAUUUGACGAAGGUGAAAAAGUACUGUGCUACGAGCCAGAUCCUGCAAAAACAAAAGUCCUCUAUGAUUCUAAGGUUUUAAAAGUUGUACCUGAAAAAGAUGACCAAGGCCGCAGAUUUUACAAGUUCCUCAUUCAUUUUCAGUUUUACUCAAUUUUUUCUACAGGGAUGGAACUCUACUUGGGAUAGAUAUGUAACUGAUGAAUUCAUUCUUAAAGAUACUGAAGAAAAUCGUAAGCUUCAAAAAGAAUUAGCUGAAGAAGCUCAACUUACACCAGGUGGAAAUUUAUAUAAAAAAGACCGUAAGAAAAGAAUUAGAGUCGAGCCCAAGGCUGUUAUUGAACCAGUUAGGAACUCAGAAGAAGAGGCAGCACUAGUGGACGAAAUUAAUAAAGAAGAUGAGAUACAAGUUCCUAGUGACAGUAUUCUUUUACCAAAAAGAAAACUACCCGAUCUUGAGUUUCCAGAAAACUUAAAAUAUCAUACAGGAUAUAAUUGCCAUUUAGCGCAUGAAAAAAAUAUGUUAAUCCAACUUCCGUGUCAGCCUAAUGUAGUUACAUUGCUUGAAGAUUAUUUAAAGUACUUAGCUAGAAACUAUUUUAGUGACAAUAAAACAAAAAAAAAAAAUCGUCAACAAGAAGUGCUUACUAAACAGCAGAUAGAAAAACGUUACCAAAUUUGCAUUGAAGUAUUGGAUGGCCUGCGAAUAUGUUUUAAUACAUUUUUAUUCAAGCAAUUACUAGUCAAUGAAGACGAACAAGCACAAUACUAUGAAGCAUUAAAAAUGAAUAUUCAAGCACCAGUAAAAAACAAUAAUCUUUCUGAAACUAAUGGUGAACGAACAGAAUGUGACCAUACAUCAAAUGGCGGGAUUGAAAACCAUGUACAAGAAAACAAAAAUCAUUUAAGAGCUAGAAGAGAAAAUACACGAAGUUCGACUAGUCAGUAUGCAAGCUCUCAAAAAACUUGUUCAGAUUGCAGUUUGACAAAAUCACAAUGCUCUAAAAUUGUUCAAGACAUGUUUGAAAAAGUACGCGAUGAAUAUGUGUCAAAAGCUGAGUCAUGGAAAGCUGUUCCAGACAGUGCUUAUGAUGAAGAUAUAAAGCAGCCAGCUAUUGUUUAUGGAGCUUAUCACCUACUACGACUUUUAGAAAAUCUACCAAAAAUAUUAGCUUAUACAGAAGUUGACGGAGAAAAACUUUCAACUGUUUAUUCUUACACUAACGGAUUAUUGAAUUACCUUUCUUCACAAACCCAUCUCUAUGGGAUGCAGUAUUAUGUCAAAAAUGAAAUUAUCGAGCCAGUGAAACCGAGUACUCAUGUUCGAAGCCAUAGGAAAUCAUAAAAAUAAAUAAUUUUUAAGGUCACAAUUCACUUAUAUUUUUCAUGUUUAUAGAACUUUCAUUUUACAUUUAAUUGUUACUGUUAAGAUAUAAUUACUUUUACCUUUUUUUUAUAUUAAAU